UUUGCUAAUGCAUAUUUUCAUGCGAACAGCGUUCGGUGCCGGGACAAGGUUGGCGGAUCUAUAUGGGGCAAUGCGUGUCUCGUAAGGCGGGCGCCGUCGUCGCAGCAUCCGGUCAUCACAACUCGCCCUCGUACCGUAUCAUGGACAAGGCCCAGAAACAGGGCGAUCUACGGGGUUCUUCGAAACGUGGCACGUCGCAUACGCGCGGCACCGCGAUGUCCUUCGGCUUCCGGCGACGACCCGCUAGUGGGAUUCCGAUGCCGAUAACGAACUAUGCCGUCGGCACCACCAGCGAGAAGAGCCUGCUGCAUCCACGAUCAAAGUCGGCCGGUCCGGAGCAGGAUCGCAGACGGAUGAUGGACGACGAUAACAGCAACGUUCAUAAUUCGUCAUCCGGCCGGUCGACGCCACGGCUAGCACCGCCGAAGAAAGACUCGAGCGGGAUCGGCGUCAGGACGAACCGCUUCGGCUACCGACAACCGCAGGCGAGAUACACGAACAAGGUCGGCGACAUUUGUAACAGCCACAGCAUCAGCCAUUACAAUCAGGAAAAGCUGCAUCAAUAUCCACAGGAACAGCAGCAGCAAUCAGAGAACUACUUUGUCAAGCAGCAACAGCCGAACAGGGUCGUCGCGCACGUGCCGCAACAUUUGUGCGGCACGACGGCGCCGGCGAAAUCUCGCCCGUCGCAAUCAAGUAACGCGACUUACGGUAGCAAUGCGAUGGCGCAGCACGCAGACGCAAACAGACGAGUAUCAGGCAUUCCGGAACCCAUUAGCAGGUAUACGCUACACACCAGUCAUCUGCCGCUACCGCAGUAUGCCGUGCGGGUGAACGACUCAAACUCCAAGAUCGCCAAAACCGCGGCAAAUCAAAGCAGAAAGAUAUCCACGUCGAAGGGCUCGUCCAGUUCGAAGGAGGGCUCGGUGACUGAGGACUCAGGCGUCAGCAGCCAGCCGACCGGACCGGAGGACAACGAUAGGAUCAGAUCGGUGGAUUUUAUGGACGACGGCUCCCUGAGGAGACGCGGUGUCGGCAGACCGAGAAAUCUGCGUAUGGUGGUAACUGGCAAGAGUUUUGACGUAAGAGAUGUCCGUGACGACGACAGCACGGUUACGGAGAUCUCGGUGAUCCCGCUACCCAAAUCUUUUGCCACCACUGCAGUCAAUCUGAACACCGGCUUUGUGCGAGAGCGAGCCACGCAAUACCAGCGAAUCGUCAAUAAGGACAAUAGAUACACCGAUUCAAUUGCGUCAAUGUCCACCACGUCCUCGGAAGGCUACGACGAAGGUUGUCUAAGUGAGGAGAAGGUCUACAAGGAUCGAUCGCGCACGGAGAAGGUCCCGUCCAUCAAAUCGGACUUCAGUCCGCCCAGUUCGGACGAUCCCGAGUACGGUCACGGCGAGGCCAUGGCGGACGAGUACUCGUUAAGCUCCAGCGACGAGUACCAGCGUUCCAACUCCAUCAUCGCUCAGCACGCGCAGGCGAUCACCGCUGCCGCGAAGAGCGGUGCAACAUCGAAGAACACUCUACGUUCGGUGUUACUUACCAUCGAGGACCCGGCAUUCGCUGCCGCCGCCGCUACCGCAACUACUUUGAUAGACGACGAGACUUCGCCGGUCGACAGCCUGUUCGACAGUCCUACCGCCAGCAUUACUCAAUCGGAUGGAAAGCCCUCGAAGAGAGACGAGGAACACGCGCACGAACGUUCAGAUAACACCCUUGAGGAUGACGGUCCAGGCACGCCGACGAAUGCCUCCAACUCGCUCAGCUUGUCCGAGGGUAGAGAGUUCUUCGACGAUGAGAUCGCGGAUCAGCCCGGACUGAUCUUCGACGACAGUAACUCGAGGGCGAGAAUCGAAACGCAGUCCGCUAUGGGGGGUCAAAUAAUAACCGAGAAUAGCCACACUCUGAUCGAGACAAGCUCUAAGAUGAAUGGUGUGCACAUUAAAGGGGUAAUAAACAGUCCUCAUCACGGACAGCGUUUGCAUCGAACGGGAAGCGUAGACACUUUAUCGCCCUGCGAAUCCAUCGCCUCGGAUGAUUUAAUGUUAGAUUAUGACGGCAGCGACGCGAGCUCCUACGAGGAACAGCAACGAUUAAAUUCCAAUCCCGCGUUGCACGAGCUCGAUGACGCCACUAUAAUUUCCGAGUUGGAAGCUCAGGGCGAGGAAGUGAUGAGGCAAUGGAGUUCGUUGCUGAAUACCGCGCAUAUGGAGGAGGCGAAUUCCAAUUCCGCCAACAAUAAUUCCGUCAACAGCGCGACCGGUAACAAUAACAACCAGGCCGUCACCGAAUCCGGCGCGCUAAUAAAACGGGUGAAGCAAUUGCAAAUUCCCGAUGAGGACUCCGCGGGUGGAGACUACUACCAGCUGACAUACCCUAACUAGCGAGCGGGGUCCGCCGGUCCUCCUUUGAAUGUCGACUAGGCAAAACCGAUAACCGCACGCAGCCGAUUACUGAGACACAGUAAUAAUAAAACACGGACGCGGACUUAACGCGUGAAUGGUCGCGUCUUGUUAAAAGAAAAAAAAAUAAGAAAAAAAGAAAUUAAAAUGAACUCGUCGCAAGUUUCUCGAGAUGCUGAUGGUCGGAAGGUGUAUGGGUUUCGCGAGACAAGACGAAAUAAUUCAUCGCGGAGAGAGAAUGAGGAGAAAACGAUGUUUUACUUGCUACAUGAUGCUCGUGGCGCGACCAUUCACGAGUUAAAGACAGAUAUUGUCAAGAUUGAAAGAGAAAAAGAAAUGGAUGAUUGAGAGAGAAUCCGAGCGAUGUUAACGAUAACAUGUGUGGUGUUGCAACUGGGAAAUCUAGCGGCUGGCUAUGAUACUGCGUCUGUGACUUUUGCUUAGGGUAUGGCUAAAUGAAAGAAAAGGGAGUGACAUGUCGUGAAAAGUUGUUUUCAAUAUUUAGUGCGUUUCCAAGUUUAUUCCAAAGUUAGAAUAGUUCAAUGAGUCUUUUUAAAUUUUUAAAGGAUAAUCGCAUCGCGAUAAUUGUUACUUAAUAUACCUUAAGUACAUUCUCUUACGCGCAAGUCCUCUAGUCUAAUAAUUUUAUACAGUAACGUUAAUACCUGUAGGUAUAUUUUUCUAAUCUUUUAACAGACUUCGUGUAAUUAUCAUUCGUUUUAAAAACUUGUGCUGUGUUACGUGUCCUUCUUGUUUCGAGAGAGAAGUAUUAAUUUCUCUCCCAAGAAAAAUAUUAAUAUAUACAAGUAAUAACAUAAUCAGCUAUCCCAUCCCGCCCAAUUUCUUAAACCGAACAUAGAUGGGAAAAGAUGCUACCUCAAAAGUUCUCCCGCGAGAUCGAUCGGUCUCGUUAAUUUACUCUUUUUCUUUUUUCUUAAGAGAAGUAUAGCUUAACGUGAUUUCACGAUACAAGGCAUCAGGUAAUUUCUUCGAGAUUACACAGCGCGUCCUUAUUACAAUCGCAAAGUAUACAAUUCUCUCAAGUAUAAUCGAGGUGUAGUCGAAGCGUAGUGCCGAACAGAGAGUAACCCGCCGACACGUGUAAACCGUUCGCCGUUUACAAGUCGUCUCGCUGCGUCCCGGUUACAAUGCUGCGAGGACUCGCUUUGAGUGCAAAGCGAUCCACCGUACGGAGGAGUUUGCGCGGCUCUCAGCGGUGUACCCGGCACUAAGCGAGCGCGUCUGGUGGCGUGGGUGAUAGAGAUUAUUUUUCUAAUUUCGUAUUUUUCCAAUAACGAUGGUCGAGCAGGCCAAGUCCUUCCAAAAUUGUCGUCCUUCCAAAAAUCGUCGGCGGUUCAACGCUGGUUCCCAAUCCCGAGUAGAUGCACUCUAGUCCUCAUUCUAGUCCUCCCAACGGCCGUCGUUUUUAAACGGUAACCAUUGAUACUAUUUAAUACGUAUUACAGAUACGUGGCGCAAAGGGUAGUCGUUUUAACACCCGCUACCAAAUAGCUAUUAAUUAAUCGUAUACUCAUUAUAGAGAGCUUGUUAGGUGUAACCGCGUGGUGUAAACGCGUAGCUUCGUAGAAGAGAGUUGAUGAACGAAUAAUCGACUCAAUGUUACCCUUCCCUCCUUGUUUUGCCUCCCUUCGAAUUUACCGUGAAGGAGAGAACAAUGCAACUUUAAGCUGAUACGCGUUUAACAAUUACGUGAUAACAUUGCAUUCCGUUAGUUUAAAUAAAUAAUUCAAUUAAAUAAUUCGGAGCAAUCAGUUUUACGAUCGUUUGCGACUGUCAACGGUCUUCGAUCUUUCGGUUUUGGAUAUCCGCCGUUACAGUAAAGAUGCAUGUUCUCUUCGGUCUCUCGUCCACGAAAUGUGUUUCUUUCCUGCCGUACGCGGAAAUACCGUUAUCUCGUAUCUUCGAUUCCUAACAUGAGCGAAAUACGAUCGUAUGAUCGUGAAUUCGAUCCUUCUUUGAACGGAUUUCAUUCCCUCCCCAGAAAAUAAAGCAGACUGAUGCGCUUAUAUAGAUACUUGUCUCAACGGUACGCGCUUAAGUUACACACUGGAUUGUGGAACGAGGAAAAGAAAUGGGCAAUGUACCGCGAUUACCGACACGCAAUGAUGACACGUAUUAACGCAACGUACAUACACUUAUACUUAGCAUAGUAUACUUACGAGAAAUAUAUUGCUACUAUCUUGGGCUUUAAAUGGCAGCUCGUUGAAGCGGCCUCCUCCCGCUUCUUCCUCGCGCAGAGAGUCCCUCCUCUCUUGCAUUUGCCCUUUACCUUCUUUGGCUUGAACCUACGCUUGAACUCUUAUAUUUCCCAACUCUCCGUUGUGGCCAAAAAGAGAUCAGCGCGAGCCGACAACGGCAUUCUAGUAUCUAACGAAUCUCUAACGAUAUCCAGAAAGUCAGUCUCCUCAGGUGAACUUAUCGGUCCUUUCUAAAAUUGAAUUAGCGACAUUGGCCGCCGUCGUGCCGAACUAUAUUUCCGUCUACGCUUAUAUGCGCGAGUAUUUAUAUCCGCAAGCGUGUACUCAAGUGUAUCCGUAAUUUGUAAGGAUGGGCAACGCAAGGGAGAGAGAGAGAGAGAAAGAGAGGGAAAGAGAGAAAAGAGUGUGCGGUGUAGCGCCGACCAGUUCUAGAAGACGGAAAUACGACGGCAUUAAUCAUGACUGUGUAUCGUACUUUUGUCUUCCUCGUAUACGUACUAUUGUAAGCAUAUAUAUCGAUCUCCAUUGCAUUAUUAAAACACACAUUAUUAAACACACUUCCUCUCGUGGGA